UCCCAUCUCCCGGAACUGUUCGCGAUAAGCACUGAUAAUGGCGUCAGUCACGGUACGUGGCUUGGCUCUCUGCACUACGUCUUUGCUAAACUUUGCGUUUGUUUUCAUAUCCGGUGCAGAUCUCAUUCGAUUUGUCUCGUUUCGAGCCAUUUACCAUAACAUCACGGGGGAGACGACACUCUGUCGAGACUCCAUACCAUGGUCGGUGGCCCUGCGGGACAGCUCUGUUCUGAGGGCUCUUGCUGUGGAUCUGGGGCUCCUGGCCCUCUUCAUCGUGCAGCACAGCCUGCUGGCCUGGCUGCCUGUCAAACAGGCCCUGCAGUCAGUGCUGGGGCCCCUCAACAGGACAGCAUACUGCUUCACCACAGCACUCGCCCUCCAGAUCUUGAUGCGGUACUGGCAGCCUGUGACUAACGCCCCCUGCCUGUGGUCAGUGCGUCAGGCACCCUGGAGUGUCUGGUUCCCCCUGCUCUGCUUCUCGCUGCACUUCCUCUGUUGGGCCAUCAUCUGCAGCAUCCUCAUGAUCUUUGAUUACCCAGAACUACUGGGCAUCAAGCAGGUGUAUUACGACUGUCUCGGAUUGGGGGACCCCCUCUCUCACAAGUCGCCCUGUGCCCAGCGCCUCCUGUCCCACCUGCGCCACCCGGUGUGCCUGGAGCUGGGUGUGGUGCUGUGGCUCUUGCCGGCCUUAUCCCUGGACAGGCUCCUGCUGGCGGGGGCUCUGUCGGCCUACCUGGCUCUGGCGCACUCUCUGGACAAACAGGAUUUAGCCUACCUGUGCGUGCAGCUCAACAGUAAGAUGCAGCUCUUUGCGCAGCCACACGGAGGCAGCGUCGACGCCACGCCCAACGAGGACACUGACGACCACAAGAAGAAGUGAAGCAGAGGUCGUCCCAGUGCUUUGAUCUGAAUCUGUCAUAAAUAAUGUUUUAAAACUGACUACAAAAGAGUUUCUAUAGGCCUCUUGAGCCUGAUGUCUGCU